AUGGCAUUCAUAGCUAAAGCUAGAAAGUGUGAUCUUCAGGAAUUAGCUAGUGAAUUAGGUGAAGAGAUUGUUGGGAAUCUCACGAUUGCUAAUCUUAGAAAAUUGAUUUUAAAUUCCAACGAAUACGAGGAAGAGUUUGUAAAGGGUGUUUUAGAAGGCAUUGUGGAGAGGAGACAAGAAAAAGAAAAUUUGGAAAGACAGGAAAAAGAGACGCAAUUUGAGUUAGAGAAAAUUAAAUUGCAAACUUCGAUUGAAACUCAAUCCCUAAUGUCAAAGAAUAAUGAAAUGAACAACAAACAUAAUUCUUCAGAGUUACAAAAGAUACUUCAGAAAUUUAAUUCCAAAAAUGAUGAUAUAAGUCUUUACUUAGUCAUAUUUGAGCGCCAAGCUAAACGAUUAAGGAUUGAUGAAACAGAUUGGGUCACCCAAUUAAUGCCACUUCUUCCAUCAGAUGUUGUUCAAAUAAUAGCAAGGGAACCUGAAGAGGAAUCUAACGUUUAUGAGUAUGUAAAGGAAUUACUCUUACGACGAUUUAAAUUGAGUGCAGAAACCUUUCGAUUGCGGUUUGUGCAACAUCAAAAGAGAAUGGAAAGUUCAUGGAGGGAUCUGGCCUUUGAGUUGAGAAGCUUCUUGGAGGAGUGGUUGGAUGGUGUUAACGUAAAGGAUUUCGAAUCAUUGAAGGAUCUUAUGGUUGUAGAUCAAAUUAAAAGAAGAGUUGGAAAUGAAGUUCGGGAACAUUUGGUUGACACAUGGACAAAAAUCUGGUCUUCAUCUAAGCUAGCCGAUCUCCUUGAUGAUUACGACGGCGUAAGGAGAAACUCAAAAACUGGACAUAUUCCUAGUAAUGACAGGAAACGAACAAAUGGGAAUUUUGAAAAGAAAACUCCUAUUGCCCAUGACAAAAAUGCAGUGAACAUCGAUUAUAAGAGACCCAGUAGUACUCGGAAUUGGAAGCAAGAACAUUCCGAUCGGCGUCAAUGUUUUGAGUGCGGAUCAUCGCAGCAUUUAAGAGUCCAAUGUCCAAAGCCAGCUGAGAAAAAGAAUUUAUCAAGGAUUAACCGUGUGACAAGACGUUUGGUAGAAACGACAAGCGAGAAAAGUGGAUCACAGAGAUUUCCAGAGAAUGUUACUGAAAAUCAGACUGAUGAAGGUACGAUUCUCACAACACAGUUAAAGGCACCAGAAAAAGAAACUACACGAAUCAGCCCUAUACAGAAAAUACCAGUGAAAAUUGAAGACAAUACAUUUGAAGGUAUUGUGGAUACAGGUGCUGAAAUCACCGUCAUCAGACAGGAUGUAAUUGAUUCUUGCUCUAAACAAGAGGAGGGCAGCAUAAAAAUUAUAUCAGCCUUUGGGGAAGAAGAACUUGCCCCACUAGUUACUAUCAAUGUAAAAAGUAAUGAUGGGAAGCAUGGUAAUGUUCCUGUUACUUGUGCAGCAUCGAGGAAACUAGUAAGCGACAUGCUGAUCUCCUCGACUGCAUACGAAGCAUUAUGUAAGAAAAUAGAGGUACAUACAUUACCCGUGAUAAAUAUUGACGAUUCGGAGCAACCUGUCCAUGAAGAACCAAAUCAAGAAGAAGAAAAUCCAUUGCAGGAGAAAAAAUGUUUCUUAAAGUUACAAAAAGAAGAUGGCUCUCUGAAGAUGGAAGAUGGUACGAAUAAAGAGAUCCAUGUAAACAAAAGUCGACCAUACAUAGCACGACUUGAGCAAGUCGGCGUGAUAUACGACCAAGACAAUGAAUUUGGAGAAAUAUUUCCUGCUCCAACCAAUUGCAAUCAGAAAAGCAAAAUCAGUCGUGAUAAAAGAACGCAAAUUUAUAAUCAAGGAGAGGAGUUAUCAUUACAACAAAAAGCUGAGCUGAUUGAUAUCUUAUCUAAGUACACAGACAGUUUCAGUAAGGGACAUAAUAUUAAGGUAACUGAUGACUAUGUCCCCAAGCGACUAGCUCCAUAUCGUGUCCCAAUUGUUUUGCAAGGGGAAGUCGAACACCAAGUUCAAGAACUUUUAGAAGCAGGACUCAUUGAACAUAGCGAGAGUGAUUGGGCAUAUCCCGUAGUGUGCGUUGCUAAGAAAAACGGUAGUAUCAGACUGUGCGUAAACUACCGUCAGCUGAAUAAAUAUACGAUUGCAGACUCCUACCCAAUGAACCUGGUUACUGAACUAUUGUAUGAAAUUGGCAAAGCUAAUUUUAUAUCCAUAUUAGAUCUCACUAAAGGAUAUUGGCAAAUUCCCAUGAAGCCUGAAGCGAAGCAUUAUACCGGUUUUAUCACUCAUUCUUGGUUGUACCAGUGGAAUGCGAUGCCCUUCGGUAUGAAAAAUGCAGGAAACACAUUCCAAAGAGCAUGGACAAGAUCCUCUCAAAGCAUCGAGAGUAUUGUCGUGCAUAUAUUGAUGAUGUCGCCAUUUUCUCCAAAAGCUGAGAAGAGCAUAAAAAGCACAUUAUGGAAGUAUUUCGUACGUUUCAAGAGUCCAACCUUACCAUAA